AUGUAUGUAUUGAUUACAAAUCAAGUACCCGAGGUCAAACCAUAUCUAAUGUCAACACUGAUAAGGUAUAUAUAGGGUUAAAUUUUAGAACAAGAUUUAGUUGCAAAAUAUAAUUUGGUUGAGCUUUAAGAUAAAAUAAAAAAGAAAGCGAAGAUGGUUAAAGCAAAAUCUUGGAAAAUUGCAAAGCUAUUUAAUGGAGUGCCCAAAGAUGAAGAUUUACAGCUGGUGGAAGAAGACUUACCCGGGUUAAAAGACGGAGAGAUGUUGAUCGAGGCUGUUUAUCUGACUGUUGAUCCAUAUAUGAGAGUAAUGUUAGAAACAAAUGGAAAAGUUGGAGAUACAAUGAUGGGUGAACAAAUAUCAAAAGUGGUUGAAAGUAAAAACAAAGACUAUCCAGUUGGGACAAUAGUAAGAACUCACUCUGGAUGGAGAAGUCGUACCAUUGUGUCAGCAGAAGCUUGCCGCAGAAUGCCUGAACUUGGAGAUUUAUCAUUAUCCACAGCUCUUGGUGUAAUGGGCAUGCCCGGUAUGACUGCUUUUUUCGGUUUCCUGGAGAUAUGCAGUCCUAAAGAAGGUGAAGUAGUUGUUGUGAGUGGGGCAGCUGGCGCUGUUGGUAGUUUGGUAGGACAAAUCGCUAAAAUAAAGGGUUGUAAAGUUAUAGGAUUUGCAGGAGACGAAGAUAAAUGCAAAUGGAUAAAGAGUUUAGGAUUUGAUUGUGUUUACAACUAUAAGAAGGUUAAAAUUGACGAUGCUCUGAAGGAAGCCGCACCAGAAGGUGUAGACUGUUACUUUGAUAACGUCGGAGGAGAAUUUACAUUAAGUGUUCUAAAAAAUAUGAAACUUUUUGGUCGGAUGUCAAUUUGUGGACAAAUAUCGCAGUACAACGCUACUGAUAAAUUAAAAGCCGAACUACCAUUUCCGAUGAUAUUGUUUAAGCAGCUCCUAGUUCAAGGGUUUAUUGUCACGAGAUGGUAUCCUAGAUGGGCAGAAGGAGAGAAACAAAUGUCACAAUGGAUCAGAGAGGGGAAAAUAACGUACAAAGAAACUGUAACAGAGGGAUUUGAGAAUAUGUAUACAGCAUUCAGAGGACUUUUCAAAGGAUCAAAUACUGGCAAGGCCAUUGUCAAAUGCUGAAGUGAAGAGUGUGUAGAGUUAUUAGAACGCAUAAUGUAUCACCUUUUAAAAGUGUUGAAUUUGCCGAUUUCUGAAAGAUAUAUUUCUUGUUCAGUACUUCAGAAUCCAUCUGUACUGAACCAAAUAAAGGAAACAAUAUUCCAACUACAUUUAAAAAAAAAUCUCGGUGGAAUAGAGAAACUUGACAUUGUCUGCGAAGCGUAAAUGCUUUCUGACUUUAAUUCCCGGUGACAUUUUGAUCUGUAACAUCACUUAUUCAACUUCUACAUAUGAACAAUGCUAUGGUAACAUGACAUCUGACAGCCUACAAUUAUAUUUAUUAUUAUACAUUAAAAAAAUAUGCAUUG